AUGAAUGUAAAAAACCAACCGUCAAAACCCAAACUCCGAACAUGGGCAUCCGUGAUCAGUGGAUCAUUAGCAGCUACUGGUGCUGUUUUUUUCACGAAUAUGCCUGAGACUAUUAAAACUCGAAUGCAGCUCGAUGGUGAAGCAUCAAUACGCAAUGGUGUAGGUACGAAAAAACAAUACAGUAAUAUUUUUGAUGCUUAUAAAAAAAUCAUACGGCAAGAAGGGUUUAAAGCACUUCAGGCAGGUCUUGGCCCCGCUAUUGGAAUACAAGUCAUUAUGAAUGGAUUACGUUUAGGACUUUUUGAACCUAUUCAACACACAAUAAGAAAUCUAACGAAUUGUAGAGAACAUAGUACUUUAAACAAAGUUUUUUCUGGCGCAAUGUCCGGCGUCAUAGGUGUAACAAUUAGUUCACCAUUGUACCUAGCGAAAAAUCGUCUACAAGCUCAGUCAAAUUAUUUUCACGCUGCCGAAGAACAUCAUUAUAAAAAUACGAUUGAUUGUUUAAAAAAAAUCUAUCAACGAAGUGGCAUUUUUGGUUUAUUUUAUGGUGUGACAGCUGCUUUACCACGUGUUAUUGUUGGCUCGGCAACUCAAUUAACAACAUAUGAUAAAUUAAAAGAAUUCUCUAUACAAAGUUUAAAUUUACGGGACGGACUUCCAGCUCAUCUUUUUGCAAGUUUUAUCUCAUCUUUAUUUACUGUUACUAUGAUGAAUCCAUUUGAUGUUAUAUCAACACGUAUCUAUCAAUCAAGUGGUCGACAGACAGUCUAUAAUGGUGUUAUAGAUUGUUGUAAGAAAACUGUGCGUACUGAAGGAUGGAGGGCAUUACAAAAUGGAUGGCUAGCACUUUAUUUAAGAUUAGGUCCACAUACAAUAAUAACAUUCGUAUUUCUUGAAAAAAUACGCGCAUGGUUUUUAACAUUUGAUAGAUUUAGUACAAAUCCUCAGCCUAUUCCAAUAGAUGUUCUGGUCAAUAGUGAUGCAAGUUGA